AUGGCUGGUGUUUUCAAUAACUUGUUUGGCGGCGCUGCCCCCUCUGGCGCCGCCCCAGGCGAUGAUGAUUUCGCUGAUUUUGCCGGCGCUCCUGAUCCGUCUCCUGCCCCCUUGACUGCUGCUGGAUCUGCUCCGGCUGCUUCUGUCACCGACGCCUCGAAUGUCCCUUUUACCAAGUGGUAUCGCGUGUGGGAGAGAACAAGUCCGAGUGAUUUUUGGCAGGAGGCAUUUAUCCUGCCAUUCCUCCUUUUCAUCUUCACAUACCACUUUUGGGGCACGCGCAAGAACAGGAGCAAGGCCAAGGCAUGGGCAGUCGCACACGCCCCCCUGCUCCAGAGCGAAUUUGCGGUUGUUGGUUUCGGGGGUAUCGCUCAGAGUGAAUCAUCGGAGCUUGUCGAACCCGAGAAGUUACUCAAGGAGAAGACUGCGCAGGACUUCCAGUCCUAUGCUACUGGUCGCCAGAAUGUCGCUUUCCUGGACGUCACCAUCAAGCUCAUCAAGCGCUAUAACCCAAUCAUUUUCAUUAUGGACUACGUCUUGGGACUCUUUUUCGAAAGUUUCCCACCGCCGGUCGAGCGAGUCGAGUCUACUCUGUACACCUUCGAUGGCAAGGAGAAAGAUCUUGUUCCCGCACCCGCUGGCGACGCUUCUUCGAUCAAGGUCCCCAAUUCCACUUACGACGGAUUCAUCUGGGCUGUUGUUCACAAGAAUGCCAUGCGCCGACUUCGCGUGGACCGAUAUGACGUCUCCAUGACCUUUACCAAGGACAAUGCCAAGCUCCCCGAUUGGGCUACUGUGAUGACCGAGAGCGCCGAGAUCACCGAUCUCCUCCUGACGCCAGCCCUAAUCAAGGCUAUUGAGGAAGCUGGAGAUGCGCUUGAGUAUCUGAUAAUUUCGGACCAGCCCAUUGACAGGCCAUUGAAAAUCGAGGAUACCGCCCCUAAAAAGCGCAUCCAGCUUUCCCUACGCCUGCCGUCCAACGGAUACGAUUCCACUCUUCCCCUCUACAACCUUUUCCUCCGUCUCCCAGACACCCUCGUGGCAUUGGCCCACUGGCGGCCGGAGAUCAGCCGCAAACUCCGCAACGCUCGCGAAGAAGAAACCCGCAAACUGCGCAAAAUCGACGAAGAGGAAAAAGCCGAAGAGCGGAAGAUUACGGCUGAGAAGAUCAAGAAAGAAGAACGCGAACGCGUGUUGCGCGGCAUGACUGCCGAAGAGCAGAGGAAGUACCUGGAGAGGGAGAAGGAGAAGGAGCAGCGGAAAAUGUUGAAGAAGAGUACUCGACGGGGUUAG